ACUGCCUGGGGAAGGGAGAGGGAUGGGGAGAGAUUCAAAGGCAGCGCCUCAGCCCCACGAGACGGUGAGGGGCUGCCCUGCCCAGCAGGCAGUGGGGAUUUUUUUUUCUCCUGAAACUAGUCAAAGAAGUAUUUGGGGUGAUCAGGGGACUAACCCCUCAGGGCUCAGAAGCUACAAAGCAAAUUUCCACUCCCCCUCCCCCCCUCCCCCCCCCCAAUUUAUUAUUUUCAGACAAACCCAUGAUUUUGGGAGGUUUGUCUCCUGAGUGUUCGGGGCUGCCCAGGGCCCUGGUCUGAUUUCCGGGCAGGAUUCAGAUCUCAGCCACACCGGAGUCAGACUGGAGUCACUGCUGGCUCUGGCAGGGGGUGAGUGUGGAUGGGCCAAUGAGAUCAGCCUCUGCCUGCCUGUCCCUGGGGGUUGCCGGGGCAGGACAGGGAGGCUCAGGCAUUAGCUGCUUCCACCAGAGGGCUCCGGUUCUGGCUAAGGGAGAGGAGGAGGCGGCGGGUGUGUCUUUCUCCCUGCUCCUGUUAUUACAGCCCUGAAGUUGAGCUCUCUGGGUCAAAAGCUACUGCCUCCUCCAUUUUGAUCUGGGAGCCCAGACUGAGACGCUGCUUCUUAUCCAGCAGAGUCUGAGCCUGGGAGAGAUCUUCAUCAAAGCCCCUUCCCUGCCCAGCCCCCGUGGGAACUUUCUUGGUGACUGGACCCAGCCCCAGGGGCAGCCUCGGGCUCUGCUGGCAGCCCCUGAGCUGGAGCCGGCAGGUGAGGCUGGAGAAUCACAUCCAGGUUUCAGUCCAGAUCGGCCCGUAUUCCCACGGGAGAGAGACGGGAAAUGGCUGUGUUGGAGCCAGAUCAGAUGCCGGUGACCUUCGAGGAGGUGGCUGUGUAUUUCACUGAGGGGCAGGGGGCUCUGCUGGACCCCGGUCAGAGAACCCUCUACAGGGACGUCAUGCAGGAGAACUACGAGACGGUGACCUUCCUGGGAUUUCCCAUUCCCAAACCUGACCUGAUUGCCCGGCUGGAACGUGGGGAAGAGCCGUGGAUCCCCGAUCUCCAGGCCUGUGAGAAAAGAGAGAUACCAAGAGGCACCCACACAGGUGAUGAGAGAGUGAGUGAGAAUGAGGAGGGGAAUCAUCAUGAGCAAGUUCCUGGGGAAGUGGAAUCACAGGGGACCUUUGUGGGAAGAGCUGAAGGGAAUUUAUCCCAGUGCUUGGAAGAGGGAGAAGCCUGGGGAAAUUGGCACAGGUCAGAGAGGCUGCUGGAAAACCAUGCGAAGAAGAAAGUGGAUGAAUCUAUUAUAUAUGGGGGAGGAGAAAAGGAUCCCAUAGCCCAGCAGAGAAAUCCCCAGGAAGAGAAACCCUACCACUGCCUCCAGUGUGGGGAACAAUUCAUUCUGAGAUCACACCUUGUUACACAUCAAACAAUCCAUACUGGAGAGAAACCCCAUAAGUGCCUGGACUGCGGGAAAAGUUUUAGCCGUAGCUCACACCUCAUUGGACAUUGGAGGACCCACACAGGGGAGCGACCCUAUAAAUGCCUCGACUGUGGGAAAAGUUUCAUUGAGAGCUCACACCUUAUUAGACAUCAGAGGAUUCAUACUGGAGAUAAACCACAUCAGUGCCUGCACUGUGGGAAAAGUUUCAUUCAGAAAACAGACCUUAUAUCACAUCAGACAAUCCACACAGGAGAGAAGCCCUAUAAAUGUUUGGACUGUGGGAAAAGCUUCAAUAACCGCUCAAACCUUACUAAACAUCGGCAAAUCCACACAAGAGAGAGACCCUAUAAAUGCCUGGACUGUGGGGAAAGUUUCAGCCACAGAUCAGACCUUACUGAACACUGGAGAAUCCAGAGGGGAGAAAGACCCUAUAAAUGCCUUGAUUGUGGGAAAAGUUUCACACAGAGGUCAGGCCUUGUUACACAUCAGAGAAUCCACACAGGAGAGAAACCCUAUAAGUGCUUGGACUGUGGGAAAAGUUUCACACACAGAUCAGCCCGUAAUAGACAUCAGACAAUCCACACAGGAGAGAGACCCCAUGAGUGCUCGGAGUGUGGGAAAAAUUUCAGACGGAGAUCAGCCCUUAUUACACAUCAGGCAACCCACACAGGCGAGAGACCCCAUAAGUGCUUGGACUGUGGGAAAAGUUUCCCACACAGAUCAUCUCUUAUUAGACACCAGGCGAGCCACACGGGAAAAAGACCCUAUAAAUGCCUUGACUGUGGGAAAAGUUUCAUGCACAGAUCAAACCUUAUCUUACAUCAGAGAAUCCACACGGGCUAUAAACCUCAUGAAUGCCUUGCUUGUGGGAAAAGCUUCAGUAAGAGCUCAAACCUCACUAAACAUCGGAGAACCCACAAGGGUGAGAGCAACCCUACGAAUAGCUUGACUGCGGGAAAAGAUUCAAUCCAAGCUCACGCUUCAGCGAUCCACACAACAGUGGGACCUUGAACGUCGGGGAAGCUUCAUUUGGUGCUUCCAUGGUAUCAGGCAUCCGCAAAUCCGCACAGGGAAGAAACCUCUGAGAUGUUCUCAGUGUGGAAAAUGCUCCAAGUGGAGCUAACACCAUGUUGGACAUCAGAGAUUCCUCCACACAGCUGGGAAUUCAGAAAUUCUCAAAAUGCUCUGACUGGGGCUGGCCACAGUGACAAACCCAUUUCCUCAUUCCCACACACAUCAGGGGUAUUUGCCUCCCAAGUAUCUAGCUGCGCAUCCCCGGGGUGAGGAUCCAGCAGCAGCCGAGCAGCAGCUGGUCAGUGACCCUCUGGCUCUGCCUGGUCUAAGCAAACCCCAGGCAGAGGAGAAGCCACGAUCAGCCCCUCCUCCCUGCUGCAGCCCUGGCUGCUGAGCUGAUGUGCCAAAGGUGGGGGAAGGAAGAGAGAGAGAGAAACUCCUCCAGAUGGUCCCUCUGCCUGGCUGAAGUUCCCUUCUAGAAACAAGAAAAUUACUACAAAAAUAGUAAAAUCCUAUGUACAAGAAUAAAACACAGUCUUCCUGGAAAGUUUGGACAGCACAGCGCUGAGUAUGAAAAGACCGCAGAAGCUCUGACUCGGACCCUGUGGGGUGAGAAGGAACUGACGAUGCUGUCAGUCUGUCCCACCCCUUAUCGCCUGGGGUGGACCCACGAGGUGGUACAAGGGCACGUGCAUUGACCAAUGGACACUCCUACUUUGAAAAGCUCCAGCUCCGGGCCCAGUGUAUGUGCAUAAUCCUCCUGGAGUACAAUCGGGACCAUCACUCGAAGAGGAAAGACUAGGCUAGGGCACAUGAUCACUGUAGACACUUGUCCCCACCCCCCAUCUUCCACCAGCCCUUGAGCUGGGCUGCCCCACUUACCUGGAGCUGUUCCCUGCAGGGGGAGUGUCCCUGGGAGGUGGUAACUCCUCCCCUCCCCAGGGCGUUGGAUUAAAGGUUAAGGGACAAGGAGGUAUUUUGGAAGGAAACUAGACAUUGAAAGGUUGAGGCUGGUGGAGCUGGGAAGCAGGGGGAGCUGGGUGCUGGGCUAUCGAGUGUUUGGGGAUCAUGGGAUAAGAGGCAAGGGAGAGCACAGGGGUAGAGCGGUGCUGCCUCUCCUCACUCACCCCCUCUGCCUCUUCUCCCUUCCCCGUCUGCAUUCAGACAGCACCACUGGGAGGGACGGAUUUUCACAGCCUUUUGUGGGAGGCCUGGAGAUCCCACCUGUGUAGCAUCAGCCUCGGAGGUUCUCUCUGUGGUCGGAAGUGCGGUUGGGAUUAGCCAGCGCAUCUCUGUGACCCUCCACCAGAUUCCUCCGGGGCUACGAUGGCAAGAGAGGUGACAGGACCCGGGCUGGGUUUGGGGAGAGGCACCCUGCGACAGGGCCAAGCCGCCGUGGCUGGGUCCGGGCCAGGUUCAGGUCCGGGCCGGGCCGCUGCGGCUGGGUCCUGGCUACGCCCUGCCGCCCCGGCCGGCAUUGGGCCGGGGUAGGGAUGCCCUGGCCACGGCAUAGCUGGGGCCGAGGGGCCACCCCAACAGGUCUGGGCUGUGGUAUAGUUGGGGCCGAGGGAGGGGCACCACGGCAGGUCCCCUGGCGGGUUCCCUGAGCACCUGCGCAGAGCGAAAUAGGCUGUUUUAGUUUCUGUGCUAUUUCAGGGCGAUGGGGUGAGCCCGAGAGAUUCCCUCCUUCCCCCAGCACGGUCACCCUCCACUCUCCACACAGCAGCCUCUGUCCCAGCAAUAGAGAGUUUUAUCCUGUCCCCGUUCUACCCCUCCACCUCCUAAGGUGUCACUUACCACUGUGUCUCUGGCUCUCCAUGACGGAAAGUGUCCGAAUCCAAAUGAAUCUGAAGGCACGUUUUGACCUUUCUAAUCUUAUAGCCUGGUUUCCGUCUCUUGGUAAAAUUGCUCCCAGUUGUUGUCUGGACUAGUCCAGAUCAUUUUUAGGUGGGAAGCUGCUUUGUUUUUAUUAUGAUGAUAACGCUAAAACUUGUGUAACUAACAUGACCAAAUAAUGAGGCGAGAAGUAAAGCAGGUUUAGCCACCUUAGAAGAAAAUGGGUAAAUAUAUUGUCCUGAUUUUGAAUCUGAAGAUUCUCUGAGAUUUCACUUUAUGAACAUGUUUUAUAGCCCACCCUGUAUUGUGGGUUUUUCUCUCUUCCUGACCACCGUUUGGUCACACAUUUUGAUAUUAGUUUAGCGUGACAAGAUGUAGCUCAGAUUUAUUGAGGAAAUCACAACACAAAUGGUCCUUUGCCAGAAUAGUCCUUUUUAAUUGUAUUUUGACCUUUUUCUACCCUUUGUCAUGGGAUUUUUGUGCUGUUAGAAGAAUGACAAUUAUCCAUAUCUGCACAAACACUGAAAGUGAGCACUAGAUUUACACUCGGAGGCAGAGACUGAAACAGGGAAUGAAGAUACUGCCUGAAACCUGCAGAGAUGUGAGAUACUGUCGGGGAGAAGGCGGGAAGAACAGAGCUGGGAAAUGGCUGGCUUUCCUCCUAAAAGUCAGAUGGCUGAGGCUGAGAACUGUGAACUCGCUGCAUCAGAGCCAGAGAGAGACUAGACGUAGCCUGAGUGUUGUGUGAAGCUGUCCCUGAAAUCUAAAUGGCUCUUGUCUUACACAGUGUUUCUUUUGUCUUUGUUUUGUUCUUCUAAUAAAGUUCUGUUUUUUAAGAA